AGGAAGUUCGGCAGCUGAGUUUCGCCGUUUGAAAGUUGAAGGUUCGAAGACGACGACGACGACGGCGGCGGCGACCGGGAGAGUUCUCACGGGCACGUCCACCACCCGCGGAUUUGUUUUUUUUUUUUUUUUUUUUUUGGCUGAACCAUGUCCGGAGACCCGCUAUGGCGACCCCCAAUUGAGUCCACCGCCGGGUGCUUUUGUCACAGCUUGAGGCCGAAGAGAGACACGCCGCCGUCGGCAUGGCCAACGUCAAAGUGGCCGUUCGUGUCCGGCCGCUCAACGCGAGGGAAAGUGCUGAUGGGGGAAGGUCCCCAGUCCAGGUGGAGGACAACUUUGUGAGGAUCCAAAAUGUCAAGCUGGACUCCCGCGCCGACCACGCCGCGGAUUCCAGGGAGAAGUUCCUGGAGUUCCGCUUCGACUACUGCUAUUGGUCGGCGCAGCCCGAGGACCCCCGCUGUGCGUCGCAGGAAGAGGUGUUCCAGGACUUGGGCACGUCGGUGCUGGACGGCGCGUCCGAGGGCUACAACGUGUGCGUGUUCGCUUACGGCCAGACGGGAUCCGGCAAGACGUACACCAUGAUGGGCACGCCGGACUCCGCUGGUUUGACGCCUCGUAUCUGUCAGGGGCUGUUCGGGUCUCAGGAGACGCUUCCCGACGGGCAGAACUCGAGCAGGGUGGAGAUCAGUUUUCUGGAAGUCUACAACGAGCGAGUGCGAGACCUGCUGGGCGGCAGCGAGCAGAAGACGAGAACCUCGCUACGAGUCAGGGAGCAUCCCGAGAAAGGGCCUUAUGUGCAAGACCUGUCGCAACACGUGGUGUCGGACUGCCAGCAGGCCAUGAACCUUCUGGAGGCGGGCGUCGCCAAUCGCAUCACGGCGGCGACGCACAACCACGACGCCAGCAGCCGCUCCCACGCCAUCUUCACCAUCCAGUACACUCAGGCCGUACUGGAGAACAACCGUCCUUCAGAAACCGUCAGCAAGAUCAACCUGGUGGACUUGGCGGGGAGCGAGAGAGCAGAUCCUAACUACUGCAGAGACAGACUGACAGAAGGAUCCAACAUCAACAAGUCGCUGGUCACGCUGGGCAUCGUCAUUUCCGCACUCGCCCAGAACUCGCAGAUGUCCAGCAGCUGCCAGAGCAUCAACAGCGUGGUGUCGGAGGGCGACGGCAGCACGGCGGGAAGCCACAGCAGCUUCCUGUCUGGCGGACCGAGCGCGGGGAGGAGACUUUGCUUCAUCCCCUACAGGGACUCUGUCCUCACCUGGCUGUUGAAGGACAGCUUGGGGGGCAACUCCAAGACCAUCAUGAUCGCAACCAUCUCACCGUCCGCCAGUAGCUACAACGAGACCCUCAGCACCCUGCGCUACGCCGCCCACGCCCGGAAUAUUGUCAACAAGCCGCGAGUGAACGAGGACGCGAAUGUGCGGCUGAUCAGGGAGCUGAGGGAGGAGAUCGACAGACUGAAGAGCAUGCUGCUCAGCUUCGAAAUGCAGCGUAAUCCCAGUCCGUCCCUGAGCGACGAGAGGGAGGGGAUGCUGUCCGACAUGGUGCUGCAAAAUGAGUUAAAGGUGGAGCAGCUGACCAAGGACUGGUCGGAGAGUUGGCAGACCAAGCGGGACCUGCUGGAGCAGUACAGCGUGGACAUCAACCGGGACCGAGCCGGCUUCCUGAUCAGCUCCGUGCGGCCGCACCUGGUCGCCCUGGACGGAGACGUCCUCAGCACCGGCGUAGUCUUCUAUCAUCUCGAGGAAGGAAUUACCCGCAUUGGACCCCAAGACGAGUUUGAAGAACCACAAAUAGUCCUGCCAGGUGGUGCGAACUGUGUGAUCCAAAACGACGGCGGGGUGGUCACGCUCAGGCCGCUGCCAGGUUGCGUGUGCCUGCUCAACGGCAGAGAAGUCACCGAGCCCUGCAGACUGGCGCAAGGAAUGGUCAUCGCAUUGGGAGGCCUUCAUAAAUUCCGCUUCAACCAUCCGGCAGAGGCGGCCGUCCUGCGAGAGCGCAGACGAGCAAGUGAAGACACCUGCGUCGACCUUUGCCCUCUAACUCCUGACCGAGGCAAAGAAGAAGAAGAGCUGCACGCGGUCUGCUUGUCCAGUGAGGAGUCGACCGCCAGGCGGCGUGUGGAGGAGCAACAGUGUUAUGUGGAGGGAUUGCGCCAGGAGAUCGGGUCUGAGCAGAGGCGGGCCGAGAAGGAACUGGAACGAGAACAAGCCUGCCUUCAGCAGCAGCACAGGGAGAUCCACCAGUGGAUCCUGCAGGAGAAGAGUCGCCUGUUAGCCGUCGAGCAGAGAGUCACCCAGGACCUCGGAGUUCAAACGGACUCCCGACUGGAUCCUCUUCUGGAGCGUCUCACUCUAGAUGUUCAGAAAGGGAAUUGUCCAUCACUGGUUGUUCGGGUCAGAAAGAAAGCUGUCCAGGAGGAACUACUGAAACAUCAUGCCCUGUGUCGUGCCGAAAGACGCCUCCGCCGGAAAAAGCUUCAGUUCCAACUGGAGAGAAUCGCCCGCAAGCGGCAUCUGUUGGAAGCCAAGAGGGAAUUGCAGCAUCUGGAAAAGGCACUACCCCCUGGACCCGAGAGCCCCGAGACCCCUGAGAGCCUUGAGCAAGGGUCCCAACCCAAGUUUGUUUCUCGGAGACAUUCCUUCUCUGCUGAUCUUGUGUCGCGACUGUACCCGCAUCAUACACCAAUCUUCAAACACUUCCUCAAGAGAAACAAAUCCACAGAACUGUCUUCAAACUUCACAUCGCUCGCAAGCAUUAGCAGUCGGAAAUGGGUUUCCGAUGAGUGUCUUCCCUGGGAAAAUAGCCAGUGUGGUUCUAGCAACUUUCACUCGGGACUGAAUCAGUCUUGUCACGAAAGAGGGAGAUCCUCUGAAAACAUCACGCUGAAUUCCAAGGUGGAGGAAAAUUCCAAGGAACGGCCACGUAAAGGGUACACGGAGCGUAAACCUUUGCUGCCUCAAAAAGAAUUGUCUUUUAAGAACAGAUCAGACCGAAAGUUGCCCCUUUGUAUCACCGUGCAGCCGCUUGGCAAAGAAAAUUUCGUAUCCAAAACAAACCCACCCAUCAUUCCUUGCAAUGAAGUAAAAAGACAAACCCUGGAAUCUGGAGUAGCCAACAAAUCCGUCUCUAGUUCUGUGAGACCCAGAGCAUUGGGAAAACUGCAAUCAGGUUCUAAAAACUGGUCUCCCAAUCGCUUUCCCAGAAGCCAUGAAGCUAGUGGCGGGAUGAGUGGAAGUGCCAUUAAAACAACCAUCUCAUGUGAGGAUCUCGAGCAGAGGCGUUCGUUUGACAGUUCGAGGCGAUGGCACAGCACGGAGGCUCUGAUGAACAAGACAGGCCAAUGUGUGCAUCGACAGCAACAACGGAAGGAUGAAUGCGAAUGGCAAGUACAGGAGGAAAGGCACAAAGACGCUUCUGACUCUGAGAGCCUGUUCUCCCUCGAUUCGUUAUCCUCGGCUUACGCGACGGCUCUUCUGGAGCAGUUGAAACGUGAGGAGGCGGCUCAGAGCGAACCAGACAGCGAAGACAGUGAGAUGUCGAAAGAUUCACUAGUUGUGGAGAAGUACUUUGGUGUAAAGAGAUCUUGCCAGAAAGUGGUCCCGACGUACACUCUGGUGACGGAUCCCCCGUGCAGUGAUAGGGUAAUAGCAACGGGUCUAGACUUGAGCAGCUGUCAAGAACCUAAAGUUAUCCCAGCAAAGAUGCACUGGAACCAGCAAGAUCACCUUCGAUCGAAACCCGAAAUCCCCCUCGGAGACGGUGCACAACAUUUGACAGAAGAUAACAUUGGUCAAACAAGUGUACUUUCUUCUCCCAUCGCGAAUGUUUUUGAAAACCUGCUGCCACCAAUGGAUGCUUGCUCCUCCCUUGAGGUGCCGGGUGGUUCAGCAAUCCAGAGAGACUCACCGCUAAGCGAAUGUUCCUGCCCGGCCAGUGUUAGCCUGUCACAUGGUUCAAGUCCAUCUCAAGGUUUCAGCUCAACAUCCACCACCAGCCAAGGUUUGAAUGACCAACCAACCGAGGAGCUGGUGGCACAGAAUGAGAACCACUUAGACACAAGGGCUGAGUGUUUAAUCACUACAGAUCCACCAUCCCUUUCCCAGAACUCCAGAGACAAUGUACCAAUGGACCUGCGUAGCUCAUGUUGUCAAACAGACCGACAUAUGUUCACGUAUGCUACUAAACAGGGUCAAGCUUUUAGGACAGAUGAAGUGCUCUGCAAUCUAGAUGUUACAGUCGAAGAGUCUGAACUGUCAGACGUCGGGCUCACCAAUGAUUGUUCCUUGACAAGUGCUGAGUCUGUAGACAGGAAUGAAACCAAAGAUUCCGAUCAGGCAUACUUUGCCCCGCAGCGUGAGUCGGCUGGUAAAUUUUCCAGGAAGAGAAACAAAGACCAGAAAGAGCCUCUUGUGGGCAACCUGAAAAUUCCCAAAAGAAGUCCUUCACCAGUUGGCAACCAGGGAGUUACCUGGUCUGAUAACAAUAACACAUGUAACUCCAAAAAAGAACACUGUGACUUGAAAAUUUCCAACUUUGGACUUGUAUCUGCUGAUAUUUCUGAUUCCAUGUUGAAGAAACUUGAGAAACUGAAUAAUCCUUUUGCAGGAGACAUGAGCAUACAGCAUGUAGCAAUACAACAAGUUGUUGCAGAAUCAAAUGAGGCAGGGUCGCAGAACGAUAACGUCGGAAGGAAGCAUUGUUGUCAUUCCGAGGCCAUCUGCAGUGCCAUCGACUUACGAAUCUCACAAGUUGUCCAAGAGCACUUAAAGCUGUCGUUGAUUAGCAAUAGUGGUGGUGAGAACAACUGGACUCAAAGCGACUGGAACAAAACCCUAGUCUCUGAUUGUGAUGACCAGAGAAUCAAACAAAUCAAAAACCAGACGCAAGAUAACGGGAUCAAUCGGGUCAAAGGGUUGACCCACGAUGGAGAAACUGCUGAAAAGAGACUGAGGUCAAGUGGAGUAAAAACUCCGGUAACCGCUACUAAACCUGCGGAAGAAGCCACUGUCCGCAAAGUGUCUAACAGCUGCACCAGUAGAACCAAUGACACAAGUCAAAGGAGCGAAACAAAAGAGCUUAAUCUGAUGAUGAUUGAUUGUUCAAAAGAACCAGGUAGCCUAGGCUGUUCUGAGGCUUUGGAUUCUGCAGGGCCAAGGCUUUGCCAAACAGACAUAACCGAAGGGAAUUGUGUGGAAGGUACGUCUUGGCUUGGCUGUUGCCACUCGUGGAACCGACAAUCGCCGAAGGAAGUUGAACACCCUUUUACCUUAUCCUCACGUGGAACCCAUUUAACCGAUGCAACACGAGGAAACAAACCUAACGUCAACGGGCCGGAUCAACAAAGCAGCCAACGCUCGCAUGACCGCUCUCCUUGCAUGACCGAUAGGAAUUACACCAACAACAAAUUUCAAGAUUGUCUCUGCAAGUUUGAAAAAGCUCAAAUGAACCCCAAAGGUCCUUGUAUGACCGACCAAUUUGGUUCAGAAAGGGUUCCAGGGUUAAUGACGAUCAAAAAUAGAAGUGCUUACGGAACGGAAACGGCUAAUGUUGCCACACAGUGUCAUUCACCUCUUAAAAAAAACAAGUCCAAAAGGUUCAGGAGGAGAAAAAUCCAUCAUUCAUCCACCUCCUCUCAGACAUCCUCAUCAGAUGAAGACCAAACGUCGAGCAAACGGUCAUCUGCACAGCUAAGAUUUGGGAGUGACGGCAAAGCAGAUGUCAGUAAGUCUAAUGCCGAGGAUUCCAAAGUCGACGCUAAGGUGCAGACGAUAAAAGAGGCAACGCUCUGCAGAAGAAGAGUCUCGUUACCUCCACUAACAAUAUCACCAGGGACCAAUGACUUGCAGAAUGCGCUCAGGUCGGAGGGAUCCCGAAUGCAUUUUGCCUCCAGCGAUAUAAACCCAUUCGUUCAUCAGUGGCUAGAUGGCGACCAGUCACGCGGCAAGAACCCCGCAUUUGGCAGCGCCGCAGAACUGUCCCACGAAUCCCCGCUUUUGAACCCUGCGGAAAAACGCAUCACAAGGUGCUGUAGCGUUGAUAAUGGCUUAAACGUGCAGAACUUGCCCUUCAAUUCCCAUCUGAGCACCUACGCUGCCCACAAGGGGCUCUCGAGCACUCUUAGCAGCAUUGAACCAUCAGUCAACACCACCUCAUCUAGCGGAUUCGGCUACUCAUCUGAUCCGGAGUUGAGCCAAAGCAUGACCCAGAGAACCACAAAAGAACACUGCUCUCAGACCAAGCUGGUCCUGCCGGCCACUCCAAAGAGUAAAGAGCCGUGCAAAAGGAGUCGCAUGGCUGUACCAAAGACCAAUGUUCAAAUGAACAAGUCUCUGACAUGGACCAGGAUGGAAAGCAUGUCAGUCCACCUUGCCAAACUGAUCCACAGCACUUCGGACCUGCUGGGGGACCUCCAGGGACUGAGGACGGGUCGCAUCAGCGGGUUGAGUCCUCGAUCGAUUCCCAAUGUAAGCGUUGACUGCUCGACUCAAACGGCUUUGGAUGUCGGGGUUCAGACGGAAAGACCGAAGACAGAGAGGCACCAGAGGCCCAAAUACCAUGAGGUCAACGUGACAUUGACACUGACUGGGGCUGAGGUGGUUUCACCAGACAAAGACUCUCUGUAUUUGGUGAAAACUGAAAGAGGUAACAAGGAUGAAAAGACAUCUCCUGUUUUCCAACCCCAGACCUGUCCUUCAAAAUCACCGCCCGUCAGUUGUCAAAGGCAGGUUAAAUCUGCUCCAACAAAGAAAACCUCGCCCGAGAUUUUGCACCACCGUGGUAGCGUCGCCUCUCAAAACAGCUGGAGACCAAAGGGAGGCAAAGAAGAGCAGCUUCCUUGGGUGAGAGAUCCCUCAAAGUCUGAGACUACGUUCACAGAUCGGGCCUCCUCCCCAAUUGUUACUGUGGGUGUACGAAAACAGCUGAAGCCUAGCGAACGGGAUCAGAAUGAACCCACAGAAGAGAAGAGCUUUUCUGAGUCACCUUCCAGAUCAUCAGGACCAGAUUGUGGCAUUUGCCCAAGUAAAUCGCCGGAAGAGGUCAGUGAAGAGAGUUGUUCAAGCCCGAAAGACUCUGAGGAAAGCUUCCAAAGUUCAUCGGUGGACAGAAGAAAUUCUCGUCUCAAUGCGGAUCCCCAUCUGCAGCCCAAAUGGAAGCCUUCACAAAGUCCUCACUGCUAUAACUUUUCCACGCAUGAUUAUGCCUGUGGCGAAGCAAGGAAAACUGAUGCUCAUGUCACCAAGUACCAAAACAUGCCAUCAACCAAACCAGGCCAGCAAAGACUUCAGUCCUUCUCCUUUUGCGGCGGUACCUGCAGUCGGUCCCCGACUGCAUCCCUGACGCCCAGCGAGUGCAGCACUGACAUCCUAGUGAACGCUAAACCCAUCACCGGCGCGGACCCCGAUACGUUCCCCAAAGACCUGCCCUUGCACGACAAGUUCACCGACUGGGCCGGCAUCACCCGCCGGCGUUCCGGGAGCUGCGGUUUUUCAGACGCGCUCGAGAGUUGCGCUUUCAACUCGGAAGCGAGGUUAAGGGAGAUCGAGCGUCUGCGUCAGGAGAGGGAGCAGGUGAUGGCCUCCGUCGGCCUCGGGGCCAACUCCACGCCGCUGACCGUGGAGCUCGCCGAGGCCAAGCUGCACUACGGCCUGGGAGAAACGGAUGCGCUGCUCAAGAUGAUGUCGCCCAGGUCCGCAGAGGAGCUGGUGGCGAAGUCCGCGACGUCGACCCUCGGAAAGCAGGAGCUCCGGGAUCGACAACGGUUGGGGGUCGAGGUUUUGCGUGAAAAGACGGAGGAGCAACCCAAGACGAGCCGUCGGACUCGGAGCCUCAGCCCGCGUACGCGUCAUCCCGGAAGCCGUCCGGAGACGCCCGACCGACAGCUAAAGCCGGAUACCGCCGGAGUGCGAGUCCCGGCGAGCGGCGACGGCGAGUGCCCGCCGGACGUCGGGCAGCUGCUGCGGGAUUACGGCCGCGCCCGGCAGGAAGCCAUGAGCGAGAUCGCCAGGGCGAGGGAGCGACUGCGCGAGAGGACCGAGCGGGAGAAGAGGCGGCUUCAGCGGCAGCAGCCGUCGCCGGAGUCCAAGGAUGACCCGCGGCACGAGACCAGUAUCAGCAACAGCACCUUGUGCACCGGAUCCAGCCUGAGCCUUUCAUCUGGACCCACGUCGGGCUACAACAGCGCCAACGCUCUCCAGCGGCAACGCGGACAUGCCGGCUCAUUCCUGGAAGAAGGUGAGAAAGUUUCCUCUCGGGUCAACAUUUCCGCUCAAGACGGCCGCUUCGAGCCCGCGAUGACCUCGUCGCCGGCGUCCCCCAGCCGACGUCGCGCCGCCUCCUUCGGGUCCACGUGUUCCUCGUCCGUAUCGGGACGUCACCCGGGUUUUGCGGGCCCGGGCACGCCGUCUUUGCCGGUCGCUCGGAGGCAAGCGCCCGUCGUGGGCGACCUCUCCGACGCGGCGCGCACGUCUUUGGCCGUCCGCGCUCCGCAGACGAAGGAUUCCGACUCUUCAUUUUGCACCUGACUUUUGUAUUGAAUUUUGUAUUUUUUCCUUUGGACACAAGAGGGCACUAUCUCCAUUGAGCAGCUUUAUUUUUAUAGAUGCAGUAUAAUGAUUGGGUUUGUUUGUUUGUUUGUUUGUUUGCUUCCAGCAAUUUUAAUGCUAGUUUACCAAAGAUGAUUUUUGUCUGAGUUGGUUACUUCAACGUGGUUGUUUCAGGUAUCACGUUUGUGAUUCUCCUUUCAUUUCCGUUUCCAUUGGCUCCCCAUUUUGAUUGAUUUCCGAUCACCUAUGACUGUGAUUCUCAAUUGAUUUAUUUUUUUUACCACCCCCCCCCCCAAAAAAAAAUGUUUGCGUGCUCAAAGCACCACCAACAUUAAAUUCCAGUAAUGUGGUAGCAGCACAUGUAGACAAUCAGGCUUGUUUUUUUUUUUUUUUUUUUUGUUCCCAUCCGAGGACUUCAGACGUGCCGACUACAUAUUUUGUGUUUUUUGGGAUGUUUUCCCGCGUGGCGGACUUUGGGACCCAGGAAAGCUCUUGCGAGACUUGCGUGUUUUAACAGUCGCUCAGCCAAUCACGACGCUUCCUGAACGUGCCGACUCUAACUCCAAAUAUUUUCCGCCUUUUCCACAAGGCCAAGUGGACUUUAUUUUUAUCAGUGACGACUGAACUGUUAGCAGCCUGCGUACUGCACCUCUUUUCUGGUAUGGUCAAGCAUUGGCCUCACAGUUCUGAGGUCCCGGGUUCAAUCCCGGACCCGCCUGUGUGCAGUUUGCAAGUUCUGCCUGUGCCUGCGUGGGUUUUCUCCGGGCGGGCACUCCGGUUUCCUCCCACAUCCCCAAAAACAUGCAACAUUAAUUGGACAGUCUAAAUUGCCCCUAGGUGUGAUUGUGAGUGCGAUUGGCUGUUUGUCUCGAUGUGCCCUGCGAUUGGCUGGCGACCAGUUCAGGAUGUACCCUGACACCUGGGAUAAGCUCUCCCCGCAACCCUUGUGAGGAUAAGCAGCUAAGAAAAUAGAUGGAUGGAUGUAUUUUUCGGGGUUCCCAACACCACUGACAAAAAAAAAAAAACCCACAAAACUUUCAAUAGCGCCCUCUGGAAAUUUCGACAAAAUAAAUCAGCCGGCGCUGAUCAGUUUGGCCAGUCAACACGAAAGUGAGCAGAUGAUGUCAUAACCGGACGCACGAAAACAUCUCAAGGACGCAAGAUUGAAAUUGGACAGGAAGUCGGACAUUUUGGUCGGAAGUCGCCAUUUGCGGCAACUCAUCUGGGAAUUAGAAGACGGGAGGUCCAAUCGGGAAGUGGGUUUCAAAUUAGGAUGGCACAUCGGCAACGUGGAUUUGCCGUGAAAAGGGGGCGGGGUUUCAUCAUUUUUGCUCAGAAAAAUAAGAUGGAAAAGUUACUUUACAAAAAUGCUGCAACAGUUCAAAUUCCACUUCCCCUAGUUUUUGUUUUUAGUAUUAUUAUUUUUUUUUUUUAUCUGAACUAUGCAAGUUCUCGCUAGGAAAACCAAAGAAAUCCAACAAUGAAGGCACAAGUGAAGGAAUCUUGUGAUGGGCAUUUUUCCAUUUUUUUACUACAGCUAUAUGUAUUUUUAUUUUUUACUUGUGCUGUUGUAAAUGUGUUUUUGUGUGUAAUCUGAAUUAAAAAAAGUGCAUUUUGUGCCUUUUUUAAAUAGCAAAGAUGUUAUUUGUAUCUGUUUGAAUUUUUAGAAAUGCAUAUUUU